CUACGCCGUGCCGUACCCUGGUUCCGGUUCUGUUCCGCUUCCUCCGCUGCCAUGGCGGCUGCCCCACCGCUCUCCAAGGCUGAGUAUCUAAAGCGUUACUUGUCUGGGCCCGAGGCACCCGUCGAUGCGGGGUCCGAGGCUAGUCGUAAGCGCCGCAAGAAGCGGCCGAAGCCGACUGGUGCCGGAGGGAAAGGGAUGAGAAUUGUGGAUGAUGAUGUGAGCUGGGCAAAUAUUUCUACUAAAUCAGAAAAAGAAGAAGAGGAAGAUGAGGGAGAUUUACCUGUGGUGGCUGAAUUCAUUGAUGAACGCCCAGAAGAAGUGAAGCAAAUGGAGGCAUUCCGGACCAGUAACAAGUGGAAGCGCUUAGGAGAACAAAAGCAAGACCUAUCCCUACCCAGGAGGGCUCAUCACAACUCCCCAGACUCCUCACCUCCCAGGAGGGCCCGUCAUGACUCCCCGGACUCCUCACCUCCCAGGAGGGUCCAUCCUAACCUCCCAGAUUUAGCUCCUGAGGUUUGUCAUUCACUUUCUAGUAAAGCCCCUGCCAAGUGCUCUCUUGGUCUGAAGGAGAAGAGCAGUAGACAUGGGAAUGAAUCUUCUCACCAUAAAAAUCGAUCAUCUUCCUCUCCUGGUCCAGGGAAACAGCUGCAUGACUCCAGAGACUCUUCUCCCAGCCAUAAGAAAUUUCAGACAAACCCCACAACCAAGAAACACCAGAGGCCUGAUACAGAUUCUUCUCGUCCUGGGAAGAGAAACCAGCAGGCUUCUGAUUCAGACCUGUCUCCUCCACGGAACAAGCAGAAACGAGACUCUGAUUCAGACCUCUCCCCACCAAGAAGGAAGCAGAAAACCAGGGCUUCUGAUUCAGACCUCUCUCCACCCCGAAGGAGUCAGCCUACUGGAGCAAAGGCCACGCAGAUGUUUUCUGGGGCCAAAACUGGGUUGGUGUCUGAUGUAAGGAGAGAGCAGCAGGAGCUCAGGAGGCAGGAUCAAGAAACCAAACAUUUGGAAGCUGAAUUCCAAAAUGCUGAAACCAUUUUUCGAGAUAAGUCUGGCCGCAAGAGGGACCUGAAGCUGGAACGAUUAGAGCAACGGCGAAAAGAAGAGGAGGAGUCAGAAAAAAAUGAGCAGUAUGCUCAGUGGGGAAAAGGCCUUGCCCAGAGUCGGCAGCAGCAGCAGAAUGUGGAGGAUGCAAUAAAGGAAAUGCAGAAGCCAUUGGCCCGCUACAUCAAUGAUGAGGACCUGGAUCAGAUGCUCAGAGAGCAGGAGAGAGAGGGUGACCCCAUGGCCAACUUCAUUAAGAAGAAUAAGUCCAAGGAGAACAAAGACAAGAAAGAAAAGCCUCGUUACAAUGGUCCUGCACCUCCGCUCAACAGAUUCAACAUCUGGCCUGGGUAUCGCUGGGAUGGUGUGGACAGGUCCAAUGGCUUUGAGGAGAAGCGUUUUGCCCGACUUGCCGGCAAGAAAGCUGUUGAUGAACUUGCCUAUAAAUGGAGCAUUGAGGAUAUGUAGCUCUUGUAGCUAAGCAAUGGCUGUAGAUUCUGAUGGUGGGCAAAGGACAGAUAAGAUGGCCAGGGCUAACAGUUUACACAGACCAGCUGUGAUUGCCACCAGUGACCCUGGGAGAGAGCUUAGGCUUUGACAUCUGGUUGUUGGGGGGCACCGUGACCCAGGGAAAUGUCCAUAUUCUUCAGUCAUUCACACAACUGCUUCUACUGUUUUUUAAGUGGCACGUGCACCACUGAGGGUCAUACAAGUGCCCCAGAGUUCAUUCUUGAUUGAGCUUUUUCUUUUUUUUUUCUAACAAAUAUACAUCUAUUUUUGUAA